UGGAUGAAGACUCGCUGCGGAGGCUCUGCCUUUGCCGGUGCCUGCCUGCCCAACUACCUGUUGAGCACUUGUGCAGUCGCAACUCGGCCGCUCACACGACCGCAGCACCUGCAGCCCUAGUCAGAGGGAACACGAGGCGCUGCGCCCAUCAGUAUAAAGAAGUCCACCCACAUGCUUGACUCUACACUCUGAUCACCACAAGAAGAGCUUCAGCAGUCUUGGACUCAUCCAGCCACUGACACUCAACUCUGCUGGACCCACGUGCUUUUUUUAUUUGACUGCACCAUGACGGAGGAAGCCCCGCCGCCCAAGAGACGCGGCUCGCUGCUCUCCGCCUGGACUUUCGGCGCCGCGCUGCUGUUGGCGACGACGUCGAUCGGCGCCGCGGGCUCACCCCUCGGACCUCCUCAUCCUGCCGUGAUGCCAGGUAACUUCGCGAGAAACAUUCGCAACCUGGAGUGCGUCUCCCGCAAGACUCAGGAAAAGGGCACAUGCAUGUUCGCACUAUCCUGUCUUAAAAUGAAUGGCACGCAUUUGGGUGUUUGCGUGGAUCGCUUUUACUACGGCAGUUGCUGCAAACUGCCAGACUUGCAACAGGAAGUUGACCUCGGUGGUGGGGACACCAAUGACAUCACUUUGGUCGGCAUCAAAAAGCCGGUGACCGCCGCCAGCGUAGCUGAAACCACUACCCCCAUCCCCACCCAAAAACCCGUGACAACCCUCUCCACCACCCUCAAACCCCAAAAACCAGUGACCACAGCGACCACCCCCGUCAAGAAACCCGUCACUCCUGCUACUACUGCGGCCACUACUAAAAAGCCAGUGACCUCACCGAGCAAACCAGUGACAAUUGCUGCAACCACAAAACCACCCCAAAAGCCCACCCCCACAUCUCCUCCUAGAAAACCCGAGCCCACAACUGCCAAACCUUUAACCGCAAAACCCACCCCCGUGGCCCCAACCAAACCGACCACCAUUGUUGCCAAGCCGACAACUGUGGUGACCAAACCAACCCCUGUAGCCACAAAACCAACGACCGCCGCCACCAAACCGCCUUCGAAACCACCCUCAUUGGCCACUAAACCGACCACCGUCGCCUCAAAACCCACCGCCAGCACCGCAGCGACCAAACCACCCUCAUUGGCCACAAAGCCCACGUCAAAACCCUCUUCGCCGGCCAAACCAACUCAGAAACCCCUGUCCAGUGCCAAACCGACCUCAGCGACCUCAAAACCGACCUCCCCUACGGUCAGCAAUGAGGUCACCACCAGCAAGCCCGCGACUACCCCUGUGCCGAAACCGAUUAUUGAAGCUGUGGAGGAAGAGACAAAUUCCGUAUCCGGAAGUCAAAAACCGACCUCGGCCAGACCGACCCCUCCAACCUUCCCCUCAUCGACGGUCACUGUCUCGAAGCCAGCACCCACUCAGAGACCAACGCCUCCCACAUUCCCGUCUAGCUCUGCAAAGCCAACGGUGACCUUGACUCAAAAACCUUUGGUCACCAUAACCGAGAAGCCUUCCGAGUCCACGACGAAGAGGCCAGCGGAGAAACCUCAAAAUGUGACUGAUGAGAAUUGGGUGCAGAUUGAACUCUCGACCACUUCUCCGGCGUCUGUUGCCACAAAGCCGACGGCCUCUUACCCUGACGGCAGUUUGUUCACCGAGGAAAUUCCACCCAGCGUCAGCCGACCCACCCCGCCAACGUUCCCUCCAAGACCUUCCACCACGGAAGGCACAACAACGUCCAUUCCUUUGGUCACGGACGAGCCCGUCGCCCUUAAUAUGUCCGACUAUAAGCAAAUUUGCGGAAGGAGAUUGUUACCUGACGGCAGGAUCGUGGGUGGAACUCGGUCCACCUUCGCCAAGUGGCCUUGGCAGAUCUCACUGCGCCAGUGGAGAACCUCGACUUACCUCCACAAGUGCGGAGCUGCCCUUCUCAACGAGAACUGGGCCAUCACUGCGGCACAUUGUGUAGAAAAUGUGCCCCCGUCAGAUUUGCUGUUGCGACUGGGAGAGCACGAUUUGAGCACCGAGUCGGAGCCGCACCCUCACUUAGAGCGCAGGGUGCAAAUCGUGGCCAGUCACCCCCAAUUUGACUCGCGUACCUUCGAGUACGACUUGGCCCUGCUGCGGUUUUACGAGCCUGUGAAUUUCCAGCCAAACGUGGUUCCUAUUUGCAUUCCUGAGGAUGACAAAAACUAUGUUGGGGAAACUGCAUAUGUGACUGGAUGGGGAAGACUUUACGAAGACGGUCCUUUGCCCAGCGUGAUGCAGGAAGUGUCCGUUCCCGUCCUUGAAAAUGCAGUUUGCGAAACCAUGUACAGAUCGGCAGGUUACAUCGAGCACAUCCCAGGCAUUUUCAUUUGUGCCGGUUGGAAGAAGGGGGGAUUCGACUCGUGCGAGGGAGACUCAGGUGGUCCUAUGGUCAUCCAGCGAGAUGACAAGCGCUGGACACUGGCCGGCGUGAUUUCGUGGGGCAUUGGAUGCGCAGAACCCAACCAACCUGGAGUCUACACAAGAAUAUCAGCCUUCAGAGAUUGGAUCAACCAGAUUCUGCAGUUCUAGAGGGCACCGGUGCCAAGAGAGGAUAAAAACAAAGUGUUGUUCUAGUCUUGGCAAUUUCCAUUAACGGACAGUGUGCUCUUGCAGUCGAAUCUGAUAUUUUUGUUUCGAAGCAAGGUCAAGAGUGGAAAUUCCAAGUUAAAGGGUAUAGAACAAGUAUUUUGUAAACGCAAUAGGUUGUGGGAGGAAAUGACAUGAGGAGAUUUACAACGAUUAUCAAUUUCUUUUGAACAUCAUAAGAAAAUGCACAAAAAGAGCCAUAAACGUUGACCAAGAAGGACUGCAGCAGUUUUGUCUGCCGGGAAAGGGAUUAAACUGUGUCUUUCAAUUAAAAGAAAGAAGUGUUACUUACUCGGUCACCCAUUUGUCUCAUGACAGAAAUGAGUGGCCGGAAAGAAAAUAUUUAUUAUGUUAAAGUGCGCGUAAGAGAGAAGUGAAAUUGAAUUGCUUGUACGUUGGAGUACUUUUAUUUGCAGAUGAUGUUGCUUAUUUAUUGUUUGGAUGCUGAGAGAGAUUUUUAGAUAAGUAGUUUGUUGAAGUUACAAAGAUGUUUGUCUAGAUUUAAGAGAAUGAUUGUGAUUCUGUAAUUUUAAUGAAUUAGAAGGAAACAAUAAAACUUCAAUUUUUAUAAUAAUUAA